AUGCAUAAAACACAUUUAUUAAAUGAUACAUCAGUACCUAAGUUAAAAACAUAUCUGCUUAUCAUGAUAAUGACUACACCCAAUGACAAUGAUGUAAGGGAAGUUAUAAGAAAUACUUGGUUAAAAUUAUCUAAUCGUGGUAAGCAUGUAUUUCAAUAUCGUUUUCCAAUUGGCAUAAAAAAUAUGGAUUUAAGUAUUAGAGAUUCAUUAAGAGAUGAAAAUAAUAUUUAUAAUGAUUUAAUUUUCUUAUCUGAUGUUUACGAAGAUUAUCAAUUGUUAACCUUGAAAGUUGCUAAUACAUUUAAAUAUGCCUAUGAGCAUUUUGAUUUUCAAUAUCUUUUAAAAGUUGAUUCAGAUAGUUUUGUACGACUUGGUACAUUAAUUAAAUCAUUAAAGGAUCUUAAUCAUCCACGUCUUUAUUGGGGAUUUUUAGAUGGUAGAGCAAAACCUUUUAGAAAGGGAAAAUGGAAAGAAGUUGAUUGGAUUUUAUGUGACAGAUACCUUCCAUAUCAGCUUGGUGGUGGAUAUGUUAUAUCUAGUUCAUUAGUUUCAUAUAUUGCAACUAAUCUUCCACUUUUAAAAAUGUAUAAAAGUGAAGAUGUUGCUGUUGGUGCUUGGUUAGGUGGUCUUGAUAUUAAAUAUCUUCAUGAUCCACGUUUUGAUACAGAAUAUUUAUCACGUGGCUGUAAUAAUGAAUAUAUUAUAACACAUAAACAAAAUAAAGAGAUGUUACAAAAACUUUACAAUAAUCUAUUAAAAACUGGAAAGUUAUGUGAAAAAGAAUAUAAAACACGUCUUUCUUAUAUUUAUGAUUUUUCAGUUGAUCCAAGUUUAUGCUGUGUUAGAAAAAAUGGUUCUAAUAUUCCAUAA